AUGUUAAACAAAAGCAAUAUUAAGCUCACUUUACGUAAAACAAAUGGAAAAGGCGGGAAAGGACUCGGUAAGAGAGGCGCAAAACGCCACAGAAAAAUUCUUAAGUUCUUAGCAACAAGAGGCGGCGUCAAACGAAUUUCUGGUUUUAUUUACGAAGAAACGAGAGGUGUUUUGAAAGUAUUUUUAGAAAAUGUCAUACGUGAUGCUGUCACCUACACGGAGCAUGUGAAAGGAACCGUUACGGCCAUGGAUGUAGUCUAUGCAUUAAAGAGACAAGGAAGAACUUUGCAUGGCUAUUGAUCGAUGAUGACGUUAUUAAAGCCCUUUACAGCGCUGCAAAAAAAUGCGCAGUUACUUAAACUACGUUACUUAAUAUGUGAUAAUAAGUUUCACAUAAAUUUAAUUAACAAUUCUCGGAUUAGACGUUUAUCCAAUUAUUGUAUGUAAUUAAGUCUCACAAUUAACGUUCUAAUGAGGACUAGGUCGUGGCUUGCUUUAAGAGAUUUAUAAGACUGUGGUACGACAGGUUAGCGUACCCAAUUAUGUUUCGAUCAGGGAAGCGCUUGCGGCGACGGGGCGCCCGGUGCGGCUGUUAU